AUGGCGCAGCUGGGUGGGCCGAGGCGGUGCUGGGCGCCUCUGGCCCUGCUGGCUUCGCUGCUCCUCUUUCAGGCGGAGGCAGCAGACCCAGAAGGUGAGGUGCGCGACUUUUGCCGAGUUCCGAAGGCAGUGGGAGGAUGCCAGGCUUCCGUCCGCAGGUGGUGGUACAACGCCACCGGCGGAUCCUGCCAGCAGUUUGUGUAUGGAGGCUGUGGCGGGAACGACAAUAACUACCUGACUAAAGAGAAGUGUCUUGAGAAAUGUGCUAAUGUCACAGAAAAUGCCACCGAUGAUCUGGCAAGCAGGAAUGGAGCAGAUUCCUCUGCCUCAAGUGUGCCCAGGAGGCAGGAUUUUGAGGACCUCCCCAGCGAUAUUUUCAGCUACGAAGAAUACUGCAUGGCCCAGGCGGUUACCGGGCCUUGCCAGGCAUCUUUCCCACGCUGGUACUUCGAUGCCGAGAAGAACACCUGUGAUAACUUUAUCUAUGGAGGGUGCUGGGGCAAUAAAAACAACUACCUCUCCAAGGAGGCGUGCCUGAGCCGCUGCUCCGCCGCCGCGCAGUGGUACCCCGCCCUGCCCUGCGGCACGAGGGCGGUCCUGGAGGGGCUGUUCCUGACGGUCCUCGUCCUCCUGCUGGGAGCCUCCGUGGUCUACCUGAUCGUCGUGGCGCGCAGGAACCGGGAGAGCUGCCCCCUUGCCUGGAGCUCCCGCGGCGCUAGGGAGGCCCUGUCGAAGAAGAAGGGAACCUGGGGAAGGGGAGGGGAGGCAACUGUAGAAUGCCAGUGUUCUGUUUAA